GAAGCGAACGGUCGAUGUGUCGCUGCUGCCUUUUGUUUUCUCUCUCCAUCUCUCAGUUUGCGCUCCCUUCUCUCCUCUCCUUGGUCUUUCCUCCUGUCGUCCUGAAGCGAUGGUGUAAUUAACAGGGCUCGGUGGGAGAGGACCGCUCUGUCUCCUGUAGGAUCCUUUGGCCAAUCGCUGACUCUCACCCAGUGCUGGAAAUACAUGGAAGGGAACACUCGCUCUGCCACCAGGGAACUGGGGAUUCCUCCUGUGUGUGUGAAGUGGGAUUUUUGACUUUCAUUCUUGUACGUUGCAGAGAGAACUUCCAUCCUGCUGCAUUUUCUUUAAAGAAAAAACUCUGAGGAGGUUUUUAUGACAUGACAAGCUGAAACUGACUUGUACCUGGAAACAGGUGGGGUAGGUGGGUUUUAAACCCCCCUCCGCUGCAUGUUGAGAAGCUCAGCUCACUCCCCUCCUGCUGAGAUCCAGACAGAGCUGCCAAGAUCUGGACUGUCACAAAUUGCUCACAUUACCUGGAUCAAGGGCCAGAUCAGGAGCAAACUCGAUGUGUGUGUUUCUUCGUUCUGGUUAAACCUUCAGACGUUGUGGAGCUGAGUCAGUGUUGCUGACUCGCAGGAUUUCCCUCUCACUGUGAAAGUGAGGGGAGCGUGCACUCACUGGGUGGCCCGGGAGAAGAUGCCAGCCAUCCUGGUGGCCUCAAAGAUGAAGUCGGGACUCCCCAAACCCAAGCCGGUGCACAGUGCGCUGCCCAUCCCACAGAACCCCAGCAGACCUUCAGCUCUAGCUCUGCCUACAGCGCCCCUAAAGACCCACGUCCCCUCUCUGGGCCAGCAGGCGGGCUCAAGACCCUCAAGAAGCAGCACACCAGAGUCAGAGGCAGGCGGGAACACAAAGAUCUACACGGACUGGGCCAACCACUACCUUGCCAAGUCAGGACACAAGCGUCUGAUCAAGGACCUGCAGACGGACGUCACGGACGGAGUGCUGCUGGCCGAGAUCAUACAGGUCGUAGCCAAUGAGAAGAUCGACGAUAUCAAUGGCUGUCCCAAGAGCCGUUCUCAGAUGAUUGAGAACAUAGACGCCUGCCUCAGUUUCCUGGCAGCCAAAGGAGUCAACAUCCAGGGUCUGUCUGCAGAAGAGAUUCGAAAUGGCAAUCUGAAAGCCAUCCUCGGCCUCUUCUUCAGCUUGUCCCGCUACAAACAGCAGCAGCAGCAGGCCCACCGGCAAAACUCCCAGCCCGCUGUCCCACCCACGGCCCAGUCUCAGAGCGCGCACCCUCCCUUGAGCCAGCAGAGCAGCGCCCCGGCCCAGCUCAGCCACUCUCCGCAUGGGACUCCCAGCCUCGCAGCCCAGAAAGCAGCACAGGCCGAGAUGCAGUCCAGGGAUGGGUGUCAGAGUAAACUACUCAAGUUUUCCCUUGGUCAGAAAAAGACCUCUAGACUUCCUGGCCCUACGACGAGGGUGUCCACUGCCGGCGGUGACAUCCCUCCCAGAGGCUCGGUCAGUGCUGCUGGGAACAGACGCAGCCAGGGCUUCAGCGACAAGACCAAAGCCAACUCGCACCUGAACAAAGAUUCCUCAGAGGGCAUGACCUCACAGCUUUCGGUGAUGACUGAGCAUGCUCCGUCAUCCGCAGUGAGUGUCAGCUUGUCCACUUGCAUCCCUGCCGCUACCUCCACCCAGAUUCCUCCCUCAUCGUCAUCCUCGUCCUCCUCUUCCACGGCCAUUCCCCAGCCCAACAGCAACAGUAAACCCUGGAGGAGCAAGUCGACGAGCUCCAAGCACGCCUCUUCUCAUCCUCCCUCCGCCACGAGCACCCCUUCGUCUGCCAUGCAGUCCGCCAAACAGGACAAGGACGCCUCCUCCAAGGCUGCUUCGGCAAAUGAAGCUCCGCCUAAGGUUGUUACUCAGAAGUCAAUGCUGGAGAAGCUAAAGCUCUUUAACACUAAAGGAGGCUCCAAAUCGUCCACCACCUCUUCCUCCUCCAAUGGAGUAGGGACACAAAUUGACAAUGCUGCCCAAGCUAGGCAACUCGGAGUGGGGCAGGUGGAGAGAGCGGAUACUGGCUCCAACACCGACCCCCUGGAGGAAGAUGAUGGCAACGUAAGGCCAGGAAUGCAUGGGACCAGCAAUGGGACAGCCUGCGGAGCUGCUCCCUCAGCAGGUACUACUCUCUCUACAACCGCCAGCAGCCCCAAAAUCGCCCUGAGGGGCAUCGCCCAGCGCACUUUCAGCCGAGCUUUGACUGCCAAGAAGGGGUCUGUCAAAGGCCCUGAAAAAGACAAGGACAAAGAGAGGGGGAAGGAGAAAGGGAGGGAGGCAGGGAAACGCGUCUCAGCAUCUGAUAGGACAGAGCCGAGAGGAGACGAGUCUAAGGAGGAAGCAUCACCUGCCGCUGUAGAUGUCGAUGGCUCAAACAAAAGGACCUCUAAAAUUGCCAGUUUCAUUCCCAAGGGGGGCAAAGUGGCCAAAAAAGAGAGCUCCACCCCUGCACAUAGCGGAAUACCAAAGCCAGGAAGCAAAGCCUCGGGAGUCGGAGGCAAGGCUUCCUCAGUGAAGGAGGCGGGGGAGAGGCCCCGGAGCAUGCGGUUGGGAGGGGGUCUCGCCAUGCACCGUGGCCCCCUGGACAGAGACCGGGACAGCAGACACUCCAGCUCUACCUCCAGCCUGGCCUCCACAGAAGGAAAGACCAGCACCGCCUCUGUGGCAGGAGGAGGCAGCACACAGAGCACAGCCAGCAACACGGUCAGCGUGCAGCUACCUCAGACGCAACAGCACCACAGCCACCCCAACACAGCCACCGUCGCACCUUUCAUGUACAGAUCCCAAACAGACGUCGACGGAACAGUGAACGCUGAGACCGGUUCAGGAGGAAGAAGUGGAGACAUUACCUUCACCAAGACCAGCCAGACCUCCAUCGAGGACCUAUCAGGGGAAGACCCGGAGACAAGGCGGUUGCGUACUGUUAAAAACAUAGCCGACCUGCGUCAAAACCUAGAGGAGACCAUGUCCAGCCUGCGAGGAACUCAGGUCACACACAGCACCUUGGAAACCACCUUCGAUGGCACCGUCACCACAGACAUUAACAGCGGUGGCAGCUGCACUGGCGGCGGCAACAACAACGGAGGCAGUCGAAGCAUUCUCAGCCUCACUUCCACCCGGCCCGCGCUGUCGUCGUGGCGCUUGGGCCAGUCGAGCCCCCGUCUGCAGGCAGGCGAUGCCCCCUCCGUGGGGAAUGGUUAUGGCGGCCGCGCGACUGGUGGCCAGGGAGGACGCUACCUGUACCCGGGGCACCUUCGACGACAGCUGGCUGGCAGGGGAGGAGCCGUGUGCAGCGUGGACCUUGGAGACAGAGCUGGGGAGGACAUUGACCUAGAAGGACUCCCCAUGGAGGUCACGGGGUACAUGAGCGAUGGAGACGUGCUGAGCAAGAACGCCGUGCGCACUGACGAUGUCACCAGCGGCUACAUGACUGAUGGAGGUUUGGGUCUGUACACUCGGCGCCUGAACCGCCUGCCCGACAGCAUGGCUGCAGUUCGAGAGACGCUGCACCGGAACACAUCGGCGGGACAAGGGGAUGCUGACAGCUGGGAUGACAGCAGCUCUGUUAGCAGCGGCAUCAGUGACAACAUCGACACAGAUGACAUCAACACCAGCUCCUCCAUCUCUUCGUACGCCAACACGCCCGCAGCCCAGCGCAAGGGCCUCAACGCGCAGCCUGUGACAGAUGCGGAGAAGCACUCGGCAUCCACAGCGGUGCAGCAGGCUUGGUCAGGAGACGAGGUGAAGAGGCCAGACGGCGGGUCAGACAGCGGGGUUAGGAUGGAGUCGGGCUCCAAAUGGAGUCGCCGGAACCCCUCCGACAUCUCCGAUGAGUCUGACAAGGGCGGCUCUGGGAGGAAGACCCCCUCCGUGUCCCACACAGGCUCCUGGAGAAGGGGCAUGAGCACUCAGGUGGGGGUGACGUCCCCCCGGACCAAAAGCACCAGUAGCACGGGCUCCACGGGUUCAGUCGGCCUCAAGGGCCACAGUUCAGCUAAAACAGAUGACGUCAAGGUGUCGGAAAAGGGACGUCUCUCUCCUCGCUCUAACGGCCUUCACCGCUCACCCUCGGACGCCGGACGCAGCAGCGGCGAUGAGGCGAAAAAACAGUCACUCCCCGCCGGCCGCACUCCGACCACGCUCACGCACACCGUCUCAGACCCACACUCCCAGACGCACGCCCUCACCUCACGCACCCCAACCAGCACCUUCGGCUUCAAGAAGCAAGGGAUGGUCACCAUGGUAACCGCCAGCGGCGCCACCAUCACCAGCGGCUCGGCCACGCUGGGAAAGAUGCCGAAAUCUGGAGCGCGCGGGCUGAAGUCUGGCGCGCAGGAUGGAGGCUCCGCGCUGGGUCACCACGACGACGGCUUCCUCCCCCUGAGCGCCCGCUCCACGCUGCAGUACCGCAGCCUGCCGAGGCCCAGCCGCUCCGGGGCAGCGGCCCGCAACGGAAACCGCUCCUCCACCAGCAGCAUCGAGGCGGCCGUGCUCUCCGUGACCUCGCACGGGAAAAACUCGGUCGGCCUGGCCAAGGCCAACGGCUCUGGAGCCCUGCUGGCCAAUCAGACGGACCGGGAGAAAGGUGUCUCCGAGAUUGACAACCUCAGGAGUGGGGUUGGGCUGCAGGGUGGAGGAGCAGCCACGGUGCCUCUGACGGGAAGACAGCAGGUCUCUUCACCAACGCUACGCAGGUUAUUCGGUGGCAAGCCCAGUAAACAGGCUCCGGUCACUACGGCUGAAAACAUGAAGAACUCCACUGUGAUCUCCAACCCCCACGCUACCAUGAACCACGUGGCCACGGUGCUGGAGUCCCCCGACGGAGGGCUGGGAGCCGGGGACAGCGAGACCAGCAGCCCCAUGUAUGGAGGCAGAGCGCUGGGCUCGGGGACGGGGACGAUGGGCAGCGAGCAGGCCUCCAGCCCUGGUUCGGUCUACUCCUCCACCGGCCCCUCUAACAGCCUGACGUGGGGAACCACCUUCAGCGGCUCCUCCGUGCCGAGCCGGGAGGGCACGCUGGGCGGGCACGGCGGGACGGGCAGCAUGGGCUUCCCUUCUGUCAGCAGCAUGCACACCAGCAGCGAGUCCAUCGACAUGAGCCUGGGCAGCGCCGGAGGAGGGGUCAACCACGGGACCCACAGGGAGGACACCCUGUCCGCCCUGGGACGCACCGGCAGCGUCAAGACCGGCAUGUCAGAGAGUCCCCUCUCCUCCCCAUCCGCUAGCCCUUUAUUCAGCCGAAACACGCUGCCUCGGAAGCAGGACAGCGGGCCACACUGUGGUAGAAACACUCUGCCAAAGAAGGGACUCAGGUAUGGCCCGUCGCCGCAGCUGCGGAGCCAUGAGGAGGCCCGUGACUGGCUGCGCUCGCACUCCACCAGCGGGCUGCAGGACUCGGCCAGCAACUCCCCGUUCUCCCCCGGCUCCAGCCUCACGUCGCCAUCCGGCACUCGCUUCAAUUUCGCACAGCUCGCAUCGAGCCCAACCUCAGCAGCUCAGAUCAACAUGGCGAGCCUGCGCAACAACAGCCUGAGCAAUCAGGACGCCCCGUUUGACCCUUGCGGCGACAACCGACUUAGGAACUCGUGCAUGUCGCUCGACGAGAAGACGCGCACCAUGAGCCGAUCAGGAUCCUUCAGGGACGGCUUCGAAGAAGUUCACGGAUCGUCCCUGUCCCUGGUCUCCAGCACUUCUUCCAUUUACUCCACGAACGAGGAGAAGUCCCAGUCAGAGAUUCGCAAGCUUCGCCGGGAGCUGGACGCCUCCCAGGAGAAGGUUUCUGCCCUGACGACGCAGCUGAGUGCCAACGCUCACCUGGUGGCUGCAUUUGAACAGAGUCUGGGCAACAUGACCAUCAGGCUGAAGAGUCUCACCUUGACGGCAGAGCAGAAGGACUCCGAGCUGAAUGAGCUGAGAAAGACCAUCGAGCUACUGAAGAAGCAGAACGCUGUCGCUCAGGCUGCCAUUAAUGGAGUCAUCAACACACCGGAGCUGGCACCUAAAGGGGACCGGACAGGCGGCAGCAAUGGCAGCCCACAACAACAACAUCAGCAACAGAAUCCGCAGCCAGACCUGCGGAUCAGGAGGCAGCACUCGUCCGACAGCGUCAGCAGCGUCGCCAGCGCAACCAGCCACUCCAGUGUGGGCUCCAACCUGGACUCUGACGCGAAAAACAAGAAGAAGAACAAGAAGAACUGGCUGCGGAGCUCCUUCAAACAAGCUUUCAGCAAGAAGAAAUCUCCCAAGUCUGCUUCUUCCCACUCCGACAUUGAGGAGAUGACGGACUCGUCACUGCCAUCCUCCCCCAAGCUGCCUCACAACGGCACCUCAGCCUCCAGCCACAUGCUCAGGAACACACAUUCCAACACGCUGCUGUCGGAGUGUCUGGACAGCGAGGCCGAGACGGUGAUGCAGCUGCGGAGUGAGCUCAGGGAGAAGGAGAUGAAACUGACCGACAUCCGCCUGGAAGCUCUCAGCUCGGCUCAUCAGCUGGACCAGCUCCGUGAGGCCAUGAACCGCAUGCAGGUGGAGAUUGAGAAGCUGAAGGCAGAGAAUGACCGUCUGAAGGUGGAAAAUCAGGGCAGCAAGACGGGCUCUCAAGUCUCCAUCUCGUCCUCUCCUCCCGCCCACACGCAAACCCAGAACCCAGGGCCUGGUCCGGGGCUUUCCCAGCACAGCCUCAACCUCACCACCAGCGAGUCCACCAGCCUGGACAUGUUGCUGGACGACACCGGUGGAGAGGGAGGGAUGAGGAAGGAGGGCCGACACGUUAAGGUCGUCGUCAGCCUGGACGAGGACAGCAAAUGGGGAGAGGAGAGCCGGACGCGCCAUUUUCUGAUCGGUUGCAUCGGUGUGAGCGGUAAAACCAAAUGGGACGUCCUGGACGGAGUAGUACGGCGCCUUUUCAAGGAGUACAUCACCCAUGUGGACCCUGUGAGCCAGCUGGGCCUGAGCUCGGACAGCGUUCAGGGUUACAACAUCGGAGAGGUCCAUCGUCCCAGUGGCGUCAGCGCGGCCCACACGCCAGAGCUGCUGCCCUGCGGCUACCUGGUGGGAGACAACACCAUCAACAUCCAGCUCAAAGGUGUGAGCAGUGAAAACGUGGACUCGCUGGUGUUCGACACGCUGAUCCCGAAGCCGAUGCUGCAGCGGUACGUCUCCCUCCUGAAGGAGCACAGGCGCGUGAUCCUGUCGGGCCCCAGCGGCACGGGCAAGACCUUCCUGGCCAAUCAGCUGUCUCGACACCUGCUGCUGCUGGAGGGCCGGCCUCUGACCCCGCACGCCGUCGUCACUUUCAACGUGGACCACAAGUCCAGCAAGGAGCUGCGUCAGUACCUCUCGGGUUUGGCUGAGCAGUGCACCAGCGUCUCGGGCGCAGACAGCCCCCUGGUGGUCAUUCUGGACAACCUGCACCACAUCAGCUCCCUGGGAGAGAUCUUCAAUGGCCUCUUCAACUGCAACUACCAGCACUGCCCCUACAUUAUCGGAACCAUGAGCCAAGCCACGUCAUCUUCCCCCAACCUGCAGCUUCACCACAAUUUCAGGUGGGUGCUGUGUGCCAACCACAUGGAGCCGGUGAAAGGUUUCCUGGGCCGCUACCUGAGGAGGAAGCUGAUCGAGACAGAGAUCGGCAGCCGGACGCGCAACAUGGAGCUGGUGAAGAUCAUCGACUGGAUCCCGCGGGUUUGGCACCACCUCAACCGCUUCCUGGAGACGCACAGCUCCUCUGACGUCACCAUCGGACCUCGUCUCUUCCUGUCGUGUCCCAUGGACGUGGAGGGGUCCAGGGUUUGGUUCACCGAUCUCUGGAAUUACUCCAUCAUUCCCUACAUGCUGGAGGCUGUGCGUGAGGGACUGCAGCUGUACGGCCGCAGAGCCGCGUGGGAGGACCCAGCUUCCUGGGUGAUCGACACUUACCCCUGGUCAGCGACGCCCACCCCUGGCGACUGGCCUCCGCUGCUGCAGCUCCGCCCAGAGGAUGUGGGCUUCGAUGGCUACUCCGCCCCGAGAGAAGGAAUCAGGAAAGAGCCAACCCAGAGCGACAGCGAUGCAGACCCCCUGAUGAACAUGCUGAUGCGUCUGAAGGAGGCUGCCACGUCGUCCAGCCCGCAGAGCUACGACAGCGACUCCAACAGCAACAGCCACCAGGACGACAUCCUGGACUCGUCGCUGGAGUCGACCUUGUGAUGCCAGCAAAAAAAAACAAAAAACGAAACACUGGGAUCAGUUUUUAGAAGAACAUUUUUUAUAACAACUGUUCUCUCUGGGAGGACUUGCUGUUGAGAGUAAAUCCAGCCACCUUAAUUUGGGUGCAGGUAACCCAAAUAUUUAAAGAAAGGAAAUAAAACUGAAUUUCUGUAAACGGGCAACAAAGGUUUCUACUGCACUGCGCUGUUUUUUUUGUUUUUGUUUGUUUGUUUUGUGUUUUCACCGAUGUGGCCCUUGGCUCCUCUGUCAGGAGCCUGACGUCUUCUUCAGACAGAAUAAAAGCACACAGCCUGUCCCUGUUGGUGAGGCAUCAUCAUUACUACCAUCACCAGCCAUUAGUAUACUUAAGCACCAGCCAGGAGUCCUCCAUCCUCCACUGAACCACAGCUUCAGCUCAUCUUCAGGCUAAGGUGCUCCUGCAUGGCUGCAGUGGACCAGAGCUGCCUGCAGAUGGCGAUGCGAGCCUAAUCUCUGAACCUGUUAACAUCAGCUGAGAACACUCAAGGCUGCUGUGGGGUGGAUAGAUGGAUGGAUGGAUGAUAAACCAGCCUCCUUCUGCGUCCCCUCCCUCCGCCUCCAUGGCCGAGGUUGCCUGUGGAUUUCUGAUGGAUAAAUCGAGCCAAAGUGAAUGUUACGUCCUGGAGCGUGGCUGAUUUCGCUUGGAAAAAAAAGAAAACUUUUCAGAGAGACCAGUAGCUGUGCAUCCCAAAAUAUAAGCCAAAUGUUGAAAAAUGAUCCAUGAAGGACUCAGAAAAAUACUUCAGAGAGCACAUUCAAUAACCACAUACAGGAAGGUUUCUAUCCUGAAAUCCAUCCAUGGAUUAAAAAAAAGAAAAAAAAUGUGUUACCAAGUGUCCAAAUUACAAUUAAAAUCCCAGACUUUCACAAAGAGGGGGCACUAAAAUAGGAUAUCAGCAUUCACCACGGCUUUUCAGAUAAUAUCCUUCACCAUCUGUGUUGUGACUUAUCGUGUGACUUUACAAGCAACACCUCUGAUCCUUUUUUUUUUUAAUCACCAUGCACACUGGCCCAAGCAGGCUGUUGUAGCAAAAAUCUCUUUUGGUGCUGGACUGAGUUCUAACAAAACAAAACAAAAAAAAAAUGCCUUACUCUACUCUUUUCUAACAGACUAUGUGCAUUAGCUGAUUCUUCAUUUGUCUGAACGGCUGUAAACUUAACAGGGCUUCGGGUCGACCCUCUCCUCCUGAUGUCGAGGAGCCGCGUUGACCCCUCAUCAUAUCAAUCACCCACGCCGAGGGACUGAGCAGACGCGAAUGAGUCUAAGCAGCGCUUUGGGUUUUCAGAUUUAAGUUGUAUGCAUGUAUGUGUAAAUAUCUUUGAACCACUGGCGAGAAAGAUAAAGGAAAAAGAAAAAAAAAAUCCAGACGCGUGUUGGUGCUCGAAAUCAGAACUUGUCGCAGGUUUGAUUGGGUGAGGGAAGCUUGAGAAGAUGUGUUGAAUUUAUACCUCAUUCCCAUCCUUUAACUGUGCUUUCCACCGUGCUUAUUGUCUGUUUUAUUACGUGUGAUAUGUGACGAAUGAAACAGUCGGAACAAAAAUGAUGAACUAAUUAAGUGAAGACUAGUGUAUAUGCUGCUUUGUUUAUAGUGAGAUAAUUAAUCAGAGGUUAAAGUUAUUAAAGGUACUUGUGGUCAAAUGAUAAUAACAACAAAAAAACAAUGUUUGAAAUUAUUUUAGUGACUUAAAAAGUAAAGACUAUUGUGAUUAUUCCUUAUUCUGAAGCCCCCUAGCUUGCCCUCGGUGAAGGGCAGGCAGGCGUUUAAAAACCGGUGUCAUGUAGCACGGCUUCCGUCGCGUUCAGUGGUUUUGUCACUGAUCCUAUGCAACAUUCAUUCUGAUCUUCAAACGGAAGCCAAAAGCCGAACGUGUCCCCUGAGCGGCUCUCAGCACUGCCCAGAGAGACUUACAGCAUGGAACCAGAUUUGUGGCCAACGUUCUUUGUCCAUAUGUGUGUUUGUGUAUUUCAUAAAGGAUCCCCUGCUACUGCAAGCACAAAGAGACUGUUUGUCUGUGUGAAGCCUGCUCCGAGUGGUGUGGAUGUUGUCAAAGCAUUUGACCGGUCUAUCAUUUGAUUACUCACAAACUCAAUGAAUGUUUAGCCUUCUUAGCAAUGUACAUUUUUUAUAUGUAACAUAACUUUGUAAAUAGUUGAUUAUCUUGCAGCAUUUUGAUGACCUUUUUUCUAGCCGAUUUGUUACAGUACUUGAAAAGGAGUAUUUUGUGUACAGUCUCUCUACAUCAGAGCAGAUUGAUGCCGUUUGUCAUCACUGGUCUGCCCAGGGCUCGGAGAAAUAAAUCUGACAAUACUGUACUAGUCUUAAGUUAUUGUGAUUCAAUAAAAUUAAUGAUUAUUUAUGACUGAA